GCCAUUGAUGUCCCUUCCUUCCUUCCUUCCUUGCCGGACUUGAGUCUACUUUUGCUUGCUUCAGCCUAGGAUCAUGCUGGUUAGUUAGAUCUAUGCAUGUGCAUGCCUUCUCCAUUCAUUCAUUCUCCUCUUGCUUUGAUUUAGUUAAUUAGAUCCUGCUGGUUUAAUCCACUCACAGUGGCGGAGGAUCCGGUAGGGCGAGGUCUGGCGCCCGCCCUACCUUGAUUUUGUUUUGUGCGAUUCAAUUUGUACAGGUACAGGUACGCAUGGCUGGAUUUCGUGCGAGGUCUGGCUGCUUCCUCGUUGGCGUUGCCUCGCUAGAGAAAAGGAAGGAGAAAGGGGAAUGGCCUGGCCCUGAUUUCCCGAUUCCCUCCGCUGGCCCUGAUUUCUCUCUUCACCUCCCUCUCUAUCGGACAACUGUAGGAUCUCUGAACCCUAAUCCGUUGAAAUGCGUGGAGACGGCUGGUGCUGUUGUUGUGAUGAUGGCUUCGUGUGGUGGUUGGUGGCGCGGUGAAGAGUGAAGUAGUUUCUUCCUCUGUUUACUAGAAGAAGAUUAACAUGGGUCAUGGAGGUGUGGCCCCAAAGUUUAUGCCGUUCCAUCUAUUGGAAGAAAUGACAGAUCGUUUCUCUGAACACCGCAGCUUAGGUAGCGGCUCUUAUGGAAAAGUUUACAUGGGAGUGGAGAAGAAUGGGAAGAAGAUUGCUGUCAAGAUGCUCCAUGACACGAUAGAGGUUAACGAUGAUCAAUUUGACACCGAGUGUCUCAACCUUGCAUGUCUCCAGCACAACAAUAUUGUGCAGUUGGUUGGCUAUUGUCAUGAUACUAAGCGAGAAUACGUAUGGCACGACGGAAAACUUGUUCCUGCUCACGGGACAAAGAGGGCACUUUGCUUGGAGUACAUGAAUAACGGAACCCUUGAAAAAUUUCUUUCUGAUGAAUCGAAGGCACAUGAUUGGUGCACACGUUUUUCAAUAAUCAAGGGAAUCUGCAAUGGUUUAAAAUACCUUCACAAGGAUCUGGAAUCUCCAAUGUAUCACUUGGAUUUAAAACUAGCCAAUAUAUUGCUGAAUGAGAAUAUGGUACCGAAAAUCGCAGAUUUCGGCUUGUCGCGGCUCUUUGAAGGUCAAAAGACACAAAGGACAAAGAGUAUUAUAGGAACACGAGGAUACCUACCGCCAGAAUAUUGUAAUGGGGAAAUAAUCUCAAAUAAGUUUGAUAUAUACAGCUUAGGUGUUGUAAUCAUAAAGAUAAUGACAGGACCUCGGGGCUACUUUAGUAGUGCUGAGAUACCUUCCUGGGAAUUCAUUAAGAAUGUGCACGAAGAAUGGAGGAAAAGGCUACAGGUGACAUCCGAGUAUCUGCUAGAGUCGUAUUCUAAACAAGUCAAGAGGUGCAUUGAGAUAGCUGUAAGUUGCUUGGAGACUGAUCGAAACAAAAGGCCAAGUAUAUGGGACAUCGUCCAUGAGCUGAAUAAGACAUAUACUAUGCUUCAAUUUGGUAGUGGAUUAACAAAUGACCAAGGGUUAUCGUUUUCAUCAAUAGACCAGAGCCCUCGGUUGAAGAUGACAACCAGCAGCGCCAACUGCAUGAUGCUCACAUCAAGAUCACUACGGAUUGCCAACAACCUGCCCCAGUACUAGAGAUGGAUUUCUCCGCCAGCCGAUCCCAGAUUUGCAGAAUGCGCGGAGCUCCUGAGUGUGUACUUUUUUGCCGUGAUAGGCGAGAUCCCGCCGAGGGACCUCUCCGCUGGCACAAGCUACAUAGUUUACCUCGUGUACAAGCUGGCGAACAGCACGUCCGGCCUGAAAGGCUGCGUGCAGACGUCGUCGCUCAGGCUUCACGGGGAGAGGAUCGUCCCCGGCAGCACACGCGGGGUUAGCCUCCACCCCGAAGUGCGCGGGUCAGCCAGUGACGUUACCUACCCCGUGACAAGGGGUGACGGCUGGUUGGAGCUAAGGCUGGCCGAGUUUGAAAAUGAUGACGAUAUGCUCGCGGAGAGGGGGGUGAUAGUAGAUCUCCGCGAGGAGAACGACGGCGUCCAGAAGAGAGGCCUCAUCAUUGGGGGCAUGGAAUUCAGGAGCAACUAGUGUGGUCAUAAUACAGUACUUGUGUAAUUCAUUCCAUUAUUUCAAUGGAUAUGUUUGUUUCUCGAAAAAGGAGGUUAAUAAAUAUGUUUGUAAUACAAUGAUUGUUGCAUACGUGAGCAAAUUGUUCUAGUGAUUCCGUCCGGAAAUAAAGAGACCAGGAAUAAUC